AGUAGCACGGGCCAGCAGACAUCUACAGAAACGUCGGAGAGUAGCACGGGCCAGCAGACAUCUACAGAAACGUCGGCGGCAACUGUCUCUCACGCGGCGAGCACAACCGAGGGUACGACGGCCGGAGCAAGCACCAGCAGCGGUGUCGGAGAAACCACAAGUGUCGGCACCGUAGCUACUACGUCAGCAGAAACAGCGACCCCAGACGUCACCACCUUGACUGAGCCAACAACGACUUCCUCGGCAACGGCCACCACACCUCCAGAGACAACAACAACAGCGGAAAUG